GUGAGAUACUGCCUGGGAACUAGGGCUGGGCUCCCUGAGAUCCCAGAACCCUGAAGGUCUGGGCAUUCCUUUUGCCCUAGGCACUAGGGGGCAGCAUCAUGCCAAGCUGUAAAGACUUGCUGCCUCCAGCACCCUGGGCAGCUGAGUGCACUAUUUUCUUCUUAGCCCACUUCCCUGAAAUGCACCCACUGAGGAGUGGCCAGAGGGACAGGCUUGUUGCAAGGUGAGAUGCCCUGAUCCUGCCCCCAUCACACAGGGCUGAACUCUGGGUUCCUUCUUCCAUUAGGGCUUGGUCUUGCUGUAUGAAAAUUACCCAGCAGACUGGCUAACAUGUGCUCAGUAGCCCCUCAGUGGCCAUCUGCCCUAAUCCAGCAAUGGACAGAACAGCCGGCCCUGGGUGGCCUGAUCUGGUUAUACCCCUGGCCAAGCUGCCCCUUCCUGGUGAAUUUUAUGUGUCUCCAUCUCAAAAUCCAGUUCUAAAUACCUGCCUUAGGUGGGUCUAGCCAGUAGGAAGGGCCAGAGAGAUCAGAAGGAGUGGAAACUGAAGGCAUGCUCCUGGGGAGUGUGGCCUCACACAGACAAGCGCUCCCAAGGGGCCCUUGGGGUGGGCAGCCCGUACUAUGGCUGCCUUGCAGAGGGCAGUUGCUCUGCUGGGGGUGCCUGAUUCUCCAGCCACAUACUGCUGCUCUAAUCUGCAGCUUGUGCAGACUUGACUGAGUAAACACAUCAUCUGUCAACCCAGUUGCCACAUUAAAUGCCAGACUGAGCUGAGAAGCUCCUUGGCCUCCAGCAAAGGACCAGAAAUCCCAUGUCCUGGGCCCUUCCUUCUGUAUCUCCAGAGCUUAUAAGUGUUCAGGGUGGUGGAGGGAAAGCUUUGAGGCAGUGGCAUCCUGGCUCCCAGCUCUCCCACAGCCUGCUGGGUCAAGGUGGUAGACAUGAGUUGUGACUGUCCUGUGCCAUGGGUAGGCAUCGGUUGUCUCUGGAGGGUUCUGUUGGUGCUGGCUUUUGGGUAUAAGUCCCUUUUCAUUUAGCUUCACCUACAUCAGCUUAGUUAUGAGUAGUUUGGUUUACUUAUCAAACAAUGAUACAUACUGACAGUAUCUUUGGUUUUUGACUCUAACAUGAUUAUUAGUGUUGUCUUGCCUUGAACUUUUUGCUGUUGAAUAAUUGCAACCGAGGGACAGGGAAGAGAAGUCAAACUGCUAAAGGCAUGUGUGACCUCAGGCCGAAGCCAGCUCAACCCAGGAGCCCCAUUCACAGCCUGGGGGCUCCCCGAGUACUGAGCACCACAGGCUGAUGCCUUGAGUAGCUGGUCACUUCCCCUGAGACACCUUAACAUCUGUGCUCUGCCUGCUCCAUUUCUGACUUUUGUGUCAUUCACGUUGCAGCAACAGUGUGCCGGUAUCCCUUCAGCGCUGUCCCCAGAUAGUCCAAAGGCCCCAGUCCUGCCUGUCUCCAUGUCUAGCCCCUGAUCUGCCAUACCCUCCCUUCUCAAACCUGGAAGAAGAUUGAGCUGCCCAUCCCCCUUCUCCUUCGAUCCUCCCUGGUGGGAGUGGGUCUGGGGAGGCUGUAGGGUUGCCCACACUUGCACCUACAAGCCUGGGCCACAGUGGGGGACAUUGUUACAAAGGACGAACAGGCUUGGUCACAACCCCAGGAAUUCUGGGUUCCCAGGUGACAGGGACCCACCUGGAGAAGCUGGGAGCCAUGCCACAGCGGGGGUUCUGCAGGCUCUGAUUCUGUAGCAGCCUCACCCUGCAGGCCAGGAAAGGCAGAAAGCAAGGCUUAUAUGGGGAGCUUGGCCCAUUGGGACUCCCACAGCAGGACUACAGACUUGCCUCUAGGAGCAGCUCAGGCAGCCCCUGGGAUGAGAACCCCACCUGUCUGGCUCCUCCUCUGGCUUGCCCCUCAGUGAAGUUGCAGAAGCAGGGCAUAGGGUUUUGGUGUCACCUCCCAUAGGGGCUGGUCCUGUGCCCAUACAGCCGUUUCUCGUUACUACGUGUGGCUUUCUGUUCCUCAGGAAGUCGGAGGGUCCCCACCCACAAGUUACUUCCCCUUCAAGAGCUACCUUACUCCAACCGAACACCAAGGGCUCCAGAACUCUUGACUGGGAACGGCAGGGCCUUGGGCUCCCCAUGUAAUGGAGUUCGCCAGGAGCCUCCUCGGGGACCCAGACUGAGCAGAGCCUUCUCUGACCACCGACCAGAGACCAGACCAUGCAAGGCAUUAGGUUCUGGCUACUCGUCGCGUUGUGGCCACACGUGGUUGCCCUCAGCAACCCUCUACCCCAUGUGCAGCAGUAUGAGAUAGUGUGGCCCCAGCGCCUGCCUGGACACCGUGCCCGUCGAGCCCUGCCCUCCCAAUGGGGCCUAUACCCAGAGAAUGUGAGCUACAUCCUUGAGACUGGAAAGCACACUUUCACUCUGCACCUGCGGAAGAACAGGGACCUGCUGGGCUCUGGCUACACAGUGACCUACUCAGCUGACAAUGGCUCCGAGGUCACAGAGCAGCUGCAUGAGCAGGACCACUGCCUCUACCAGGGCCAUGUGGAGGGGCACCAGGGCUCUGCCGCCAGCCUUAGCACCUGCAGCGGUCUCAGGGGCUUCUUCCAAGUGGGCUCUGCCAUCCAUCUGAUCGAGCCUCUGGAUGGGAGUGGUGAGGAGGGGCAACACGCUGUAUACCAGGCUGAGCAUCUACAGCAGAAGGCGGGGACCUGUGGCGUCAGUGACACUGAUGUAGAGAACAUCCUGGGGCCUCGAGCCUUGGCAGCUUUCUGGCCUUACCUCCGGAACUCACCGCUGCCCCAAAAGACCCACUAUGUGGAGCUAUAUGUGGUCACCGACAGCAAAGAGCUCCAGCUCUUGGGUAGCAGAGAAGCUGUGCACAGGCGGGUGCUAGAAGUGGUGAACCAUGUCGACAAGCUUUAUCAGGAACUCAAUUUCCGUGUGGUUCUGGUGGGCCUAGAGAUCUGGAGCACGGACAAGUUCUACAUAAGCCACCACGCCAAUGUCACACUGGACAACUUCCUGUCUUGGAGGGCACGGGCCCUAACGGGACGGCUCACCCACGACAAUGUGCAGCUCAUCACGGGCAUUGACUUCGCUGGGACCACUGUAGGACUGGCUAAGGUGUCUGGCCUGUGCUCCUGGCAUUCAGGGGCUGUGAACCAGGACCACACUCAGAACCCCAUCGGUGUGGCCUCCACCAUGGCCCAUGAGCUAGGCCACAACCUGGGCAUGAGCCAUGAUGAAGCCAUCCAGGGCUGCUACUGCCCUGUGCCACAGGAAGGUGGUGGCUGUAUCAUGGCAGGCAGCCUCGGCUCCAAGUUCCCCAGGAUGUUCAGCAGGUGCAGCCGGGAUGACCUGGAGACAUUUUUGGAGAGGCCUGAGGUGGACUGCUUGGCUAAUGCCCCUGACCUAGACCGGCUCGUGGGAGGCCCUGUGUGCGGGAACCUGUUUGUGGAGCGUGGGGAACAGUGUGACUGCGGUACCCCCCAGGACUGUCAGAACCGCUGCUGCAAUGCCACUACCUGCCAGCUGGCUGAAGAGGCUGAGUGUGCGCAUGGUGACUGCUGCCAUGAGUGCAAGGUGAAGCCAGCUGGUGAGCUAUGCCGCCACGCAAAGGAUGGAUGUGACCUGAAGGAGUUUUGUGAUGGCCAGCAGCCGAUGUGCCCUGAGGAUGCCUUCCAGGAGAAUGGGAUACCCUGCCCAGGGGGCUACUGCUUUGAUGGGAACUGCCCCACCAUGGCCCAUCGGUGCAAGGAAUUGUGGGGACUGGGUGCAUGGCCUGCCACAGAUACCUGCUUCAAAGCCAGCCUCUCACCAGGUUGCAGUGGCAGUAUCUCCUUUGACAGGCACAGGCCAAAUAGAUGUGGUGUCCUGUACUGCGAAGGGGGACAGAAGCCCAGGGAGCGUUCCUCCUGCAACUUUAACUCCCACCAGGGCCGUUGCCAAGCUCUCCGUGUGGACACCAACACUGCUACCUACGAGCUGGUGCUUGAGGGCACCAAGUGCGACGAAGGGAAGGUUUGUUGGAAGGGUCAGUGCCAGGACCUCCAGGUCUACAGAUCCAAGAACUGCUCUGCCAAGUGCCACAACCAUGGGGUAUGCAACCACAAGAGUGAGUGUCACUGCCCUGCAGGCUGGGCCCCUCCUCACUGUGCAAAGCUGCUGGUAGAUAUGUACAAAGAAUCUGGGAGCCUCCCAAGUAGCGUGUUGGUGGUCCUGGUGCUCCUGGCAGCUGGGGUGAUCAUUGUGGCAGGUGUCAUUAUCCACCGCAAGAUGUGGCACCAUGUUCAAAUAAGGAGCUCAACACCCAAGACCACCAUGGGGCUCUCCAACCCAUUGUUCCAUGAGGGUGGUAACAGUUUUCCAGCCAAGGGCAAGACUCCAGGUCCCCCAGAGCUGAUUUCAACCACUCAAGCUAGCCAGUUUCCCAAGCCAACAGUGAUGGCCCCGAAGAGGCCACCCCCAGCUCCUCCAGCCACCAUGUCUAAUCCACCCCUCCCACUUCCUGUCUACACCCAGCAGGCAUCAGACCAGCUCAGACCUGCUCCUCCCACCAAGCCUCUCCCACAGCUGAAGCCCAAGCAGGCUAUCAAGCCAACCUCUGUACCCCCGAUGCCACCAGUCAAGCCUUGGGCUGAAGUAAUCACACCCGGAAGGACUCAGGGACUUGAUGGUACAAAGGUUCCCCUGAAGCCUCCAGUCCAGAGAAGAUGAUCGGGCAGAGCACCACAGGUGCAUCUGUGAGCCCAGGGAAGUUUGGAGGAGUCCCAGCAGGAGAGAGUGCUCCUCAGCAUCCCAGGGUCACCACCAGAGCCUCUCAGCUCAGGACUCAGGGCUGGACUGAGCUGCUCCUCUGACCUCAGGACUGCAUCAGACAGAUGCUCUUGCUGUCCAGCUGGGCUAAGACCAAUCCCUUCUCACCUGUGUUGGCCAUGCUUAGCCUGCUUUGUCUGCAGUGGCGAGGUUGAGAUAGGAGGUCACCUGGAGUGUGUAUGAAGACUGCUGUCCAGACAGCUACUGCCCCCGUGUGCUCAGAAGGCCCGGAGCUUCCCUCCCAGCCACCACUGCACCUGCUCUCGGGCUUAGCAGCCCGAGACCCCUCCAAGGUCAGGACAGCUCUCGUGGUUUCCUGUAAGGAGGGUGUCAAUAAGUGGAUUGUAUCUGCAUUGACUCCAACUAAACCCACGAUUUAAGAAGGAAUGUCUACUUUUUAGGAAUCACUGUCAUUUGAGGGGCAGAGCAGAUGGCUAUCUGGUUUCGAAACCUCAGGGGAUGAAAUCCAUUAAUAAUAAAGCUUGUAUUAUAUCAUUAAAGUAUGGACCACGUUUUAAA